AUGAUUCUUACAAAAUCCUUACUUUUAUAAACUAUUUUCCUCAUUUAAAGUUUAAUUCAGAAUGUUGAAGCAAAUCAAGAUACAAAUUCAUGUGAAAAUUUGAUUUUAUAAUAAAAUGAAUUAUAUUGUGAAUUUAGAGAUUUAAAUUACUUUUUUAUAGGUUAAAAUAGUGAUAAUUUUACUAAUACUGACACAUUUUAGUUAUCUGAAGAUUUAAUUUAAGUAUCAAGUGGACCAUUAUUGUUUUCAAAGGAUGAUAUAGUCAUCAGUAUAAAAUUUAGGGAACUUAUAAAUGAAAAUGAGAUUUGUUCAUUAAUUUAUAAUACUUAAAUAAAUACAUAUUCUUUAAAUUGUAUUUCAACAUCACCAACCUUUAUUAUUGAUAACAAGUUUUAGUUACUCAUUAAUACUUAAUUUAAUUUAGAAAUAUAAACAGUAUAAACUUUUAACUGCUCAUAAUUCGAUUAUAAUACAGAGGGCUACAUUUUAUUUUGUUAUUCCAUUCAUUAAAUUAAACUUUAUUAAUUAUCUAUAGAAUAACAUAAGUUAAAUUAAACUGUUAUAUUUCAAUCAGAAAAUCACAAUUUAUAAUGUCUUUUAAAAUUUCACUCAUAUUCCAAUUCUUUUCUUAUAAUAUACUUUUAAUGUUUAGAAUGGAAGAUUUAAAUUUAUGAAAACAAUACUGUUAAAUUAGAAAUUGAUCAAAAUUAUUUAAAAGAGAAAUAUAAUAUUGAAGGAAACUUACUUGAAGUUUUACCAUGUUAAUCUAAUUUUUUAAUUUUGCUUUCAUCCGGUGGAUAUUGGAUGAAUAAUGAAAAUUUAAUGUAAUUAUUUAUUACAUAGGGACUAAAAUUAAAUGAAACUCUGAUUGAAUUUAAUAAUAAGUGUCAAAUAAACUUUGCAGUAAAAGCUUAAACCAAUAACUAUUUUCUGUCUUCCCUUUCCUAAAAGUAUUCAGAUAUAAUUUUUAAUACAAAGGAUUUUCCAAAAUAAAUGUUUGUAAUUAAAUUUCCAUCUAGUAUAUUUUUCAAAUAUGAAGAUUAUUUAACUUUUUACAUAAAUGACUUCCUUCAUUAAUCUAUAAAAUUAAAAAUUAAAAAUUUAUUAUAACUCUCUAAUUAAAGAAUAUAUAUGGGAAUAGGAGAAGAUAAUUAAAUAAUAUUAAUUCUAAUAAAGUAUUCAAAAUAAUGCUUACCAUCUUAUAAUAUCAAUAACGAAUACUCAAAAUACUACAUUAGAUUGGAAUUAGCAAAAGAUUUAGCAUAUAUUUAGAAUAAUAAUUGGGAUUGUUAUAAACUGAUUAUAAUAGAUAAUGAUGAAUAGAAAAAGUAAUAUGCUUUAAACAUUAAUUUAAAAAAUAAAAAUUAUUAUAUUGAGAGAACCAAUUAUGAUGAUAAGUUUUUAAUAACUAUUAUUAGAUCAUCAUUUUCUUCAAUUCAACCUCAUAGAAUAACAUUCUCUUCUUCAUCAAAAUAAAUUAAUUUGUAAUUAAAAAGCAAUUAAGUAAAAUGUUAAUUUAAUCGUUAUUUAAAAAAUUAUAAAGGAAAAUUUUUUAUUAAAACUAAAAAUGAUUAAAUUUAUUCUAUAAUUGUAGAAGGUUAUCGAAAUAAUAUUGUUGAAUAUAGUUGUGAUAAUCAAAAUAAUCAUAUGUUUGAAAGUUUAUUACCUUUAAAUAAAUAAAUAGUACUUAAUCUUGAUUAUUUAAAUUCUCUUUUACUUUUGGAUUAAUAAAAACGAUGUCUAUAUAAGUUAAUUUUACAUGAUGAAAAUUUAUAAUAAAUGCCAAUCAAGAUUACUUGUUUAGAGUCAUAAAUUGAAAAGAUUUUUAAUAUAAAUUAUAAAAUUAUAUUAAAAUUGAAGGAUUAAUUUGUAUUCUACAAUUUACAAUAUACAUAACCUUAAUUAGAAUAAGCUUAUUUACCGAAAUAAAUUAAUCUAAAUUGUUUAGAAAUCUAUUAAUUAUUGAAUGAUUUUAUUGUUGUUGUGUACACUAAUGAAUUAUAAUUAAUAUACAAAGAAGUAACUGUUUAAAGUAUAUAUUUUAUUUAUAACAUAGUCAUCAAAAUUAAUGCUAAAGUACUUGGAUGUAAAGCUAAAUCUCAAAGUACCUUACUUAUCAAUUUAAUUUUAUUAGAUCUAAUAAAAAAUGAACUGCAAUUAUAUAUAUUAUCAAUAACUGAGUUUCGAUUAAUAAGAAGUUAUAAUUUAGAGAAUAAUGUCCCUAUUUAACCUCUUUAAUUUAUAGUCUAAGAAUAAAUAAUAAUAAUUUCUUGUAAACAUAAAAUUAAUAACAAAUUAUUUCUUUUAAUUUUCAAGAGUGAGUCUCAAAUCUCUUUUCAUUCGCUUUAAUAAGUUAUAGAAACAAAAAAUCAUUUUUUUUUUGUUCAAAAGUACUUUUUAUAUUAUUUUAAUGAUUAAAAUUAAUUAUCUGUUUAAGAUUUAUUACAUAUAACUAUUUAAAUAGAGCAAUUAGAAUUUAAUAAUAAAAGUAGCUAAGAAGUGAUAUUGUAAUUUCAAGUUGAAUUGGAAGAUAGUGAAAUUCCUCCAAUGAAUCAAAGUAUAAUGAUAAAACUGAUAAAUCCAAGCAUAUUAAAGUUAAUCUAAAGCAAUUAAAAUUUAUAUAUUAAAUAUGAGAAUCAGGAGCUAAAUUUUAGACAUUAUAUUCUUGGAAAAAUCGAUAAUAUAUAUUUGAAAGUUAAUAAUAACUUUAAAUUAAAAUAUCCCUUUGAAAAUUAAUUUAUUAUGUAGUGUUCAUAUUACUGUAAUAAGUUUUGUUUUUAAUUCACUAAUUCUGGAUCGGGAAUAUUUUUUAAAGUUGGAUAAUCCAAUAAAAUUUAUAUGAUUUAUGGUUUAUAACAUUACAUUUAAAAUAUUUUAUUCAUAGAAAUGAUAAAAGAUAAUUAAUUCUUAUUUAUACAUUAAAUAAAUAAUGAGACUCUCCAAAUAUCAUUAAUGAUAUUAAAAGAUUAAAUCUUAAAACUUUAAAAAUAGAUUGAUACUCAUUUCAACAAUGAUCUAGAAGAAAUAGUGUUAGUGUAGAAUAUUUUAAUAAUAUAAUUUUAUCAAGUUCAAAAUAGAUUCAUAAUAGAUGAAAAUGACAUUAGCUAAGUUAUUUUUCCUACUUUAAACUAAUAGAGUUUAAUUUAUAAUCUAAGUACUGAAUAAUUUAUAGAAGUAUUUGUAAAUAACGUUAAAAAAAUGAUUAUAAUUAAACUAUUUAAAAUCAUAAAUUAUAAGGUUGAAUUCUAAUCAAUAUUUGAAAUAUCUAUUAUGAAUUAUUAACUUAAAGAAUUAUUUAAUGGAUUAUUGGAAAAAUUAUAGACAAAUUUUGUAAAAUUAAUAAACUAGAAUUUUAGUUAAGUUAAUUAAUAAAUAGAUUUGAUUUUAUUCAUAAUCAGCAAUAAGAAAUUUUCUGUGCAGUUUUAAAUUAGACUAUAUCUAAAAGAAAAAAGAUAUGAAUUAGAGAAUAAUAAAAUUCUAAGAUAUCCUGAAAAUUAUUAACCUUGUAAAUAUAUUGUGAUAGCAGAAGAAGAAAUUAUCUUAUAGUGUGGAAUUACUAGAUAUUAUUAUGAUAUGAAAGAUUCUGAUUAUCUUUUUGAUCCAAUUCAUUCAACAAAAAACCUUUUAAACAUGGACUUAUUAAAUAGUACACAUUAUUUGUUUUAUAAACAUUUUGAACACAAUCAAUCUAUUGUAUUAUAUGCAGGGAAAAGAGGAGGUUAUGUAUUAUAAAAAUAAAAAUAAGAUAUUACAUAUCCAAUAACUCUUGAAUUUUCAGCUAUUAGUAAUGAUUAAAUAUAGAUAGGUAAUUUAUAUUUAAAUUAUUCCUUAGAUAAAGUGAGCCUAUAAAUGUAAGUAUAUUAAUAAAAUAUUGUAUAAAAAGAAUUUUCUUAAUAAAGUUUAUUUAUCUUUAUCAUGAUUUUAAUAAUAGUUUUGGCAACAAUUACUUUUUAUUAUAGAAAACAUUAAAUAAAAAAUAAAUAGUUUAGCAAAGUAAUCAAUUCUGAAAUUUCUUUAUCUACAAUUAAACUAAAAAAUCCGUCAUAAAUUUGA